CGAUUAUACCUAAUGAAAUAGCAAUUUCGUAAUGAUCUAGUGGGAUCCUAAAAUUAUAAAAUUAUUACUAAAAUACACCCAACUCGCAUAAAAACUUAUCGACUUAAGUAGUACCGAUUUAGGGCGUUGUGGGGUGUGAUUUCACUUCCUCACACGUAACCGUACUCCCGAACCCGAAUCUCUUAAUCGCAGAUCACAUCUCGGUUCUGACCCUAAGGUUGGAGCCGAUCAGAAGAGUGUUCGGUCCACUCCAAGUAAGAUCGAUGGCGACUCCCAAAAAUGUCGAGGCGACGACCCCGAACCCCUGGAGGGACGGUUGCGACAGUUCCUAUUGCUAGGUUGGGCCAGACUAUGAAUGGGAGGACAUAUCAUAGUGUGCUUAGUUAUCGAUUGGUGGUCUCGUUGUUUUCGGUAUCUAAGCCCUGUCCUGCUUGUUCUCGUGUCUUUCCUGGUGAUAUCUUUGGGGAUCAUGUUGUGUCCUGUGCUGGUUCUGUGGGCAUUAAGCAUCAGCACAACCUCGUCUAUGACACUUUAUUGGACAUCUGUUAUAGGUCUGGAAUUUCUGCUGGUAGGGAGGUUGAUAUUGGUUUGGUUGAUGGGCAUGGCGGACCCCUUCGCCCUACGGAUUUGCUGCUUUAUUCCUGGGACAGGGGGCGAGAUGUGUGUGUAGAUUUGACUGGAUCUUCACCUUUGACUCAGACUGGGAUGACUAGAUUUGUGCCUGGCCGAGUUGUUGUUGAUGCUGCUCAGCGAAAGUGUGUCAAGUACCGGGACUUGUGUAUGGCAACUGGUUACGGUUUCCUGUUUUUUACUUUUUCUUCGCUUGGAGAGUUGGAUACAGAUGUCGUGGCUUUGCUCAAGAGGAUCCUGAAAUUCUCUAUGUCUUAGGAUGCAGGGGCCCGGGCGACCGCAUAUAUUUUUACUAGACUUAGUUUUGCUAUAGCUGAGGGAGUGGGGCUCCAGAUUGUAUCUCGGCUACCCACUAAUUUUUUGUAGACCUUUGUUUGUUCUACUUCCACUCAUAUAAUAAUUAAUAUUAUUAUAGAAAAAUAAAAAAACCAAAGAAACAUAAUAAUAAUAAUAAAAUAAUAAUAAUAAUAAUAAUAAUAGUGUUAUCCGAAUGUGUUUAGUGGCUCAGCUUAGGUUUAAUGUGGUGGUGGUUUAAGAAGAUUUAAGGUAGGUAUUGAGGUGAAAGUAAUAGUUUUUACUAGAAAUAACAUAACUUUGUUGUACUUAUGUUCAAAUUAUUUGUCGUAGUUAUGUUUAGAUGAUUAAUAACUUUUGGGUCUCGAAUUGAGUUGGGAGGUAUCAUUUCAUUCUCGUAACGUGAGUGAGUGUAUCACAAUAUCAGACAAGUACCUCCUUCUCCUCGCAACGGUAGCAUUUGUCUUUUCUUGAUGUGAAGCAAAAAUAUUGUGAUUUAAAGUUUCAAAUGAUUAAUAAUUUAGUUACUCCUUAAUAUGAAGCAAAAAUAUUGUGAUUUCUUAGAUCACAAAUUUCAAAUGAUUAAUAAUUUAAUUAACUCUUAUAUGAAGAAAAAUGUUGUGAUUUCUUAGAAUCACAACAAUGCAACAACUUUAUAGAAGCGAUACCCUUAAAAGCAAGUUCAUUUCAUCACCAUCCAAAUAUGUCCGUUCAACCACCACUUCAUAUUCUUCAUCUUCAAAAACAAUAUCCUCAUCAUAGAAUAAUGGGUUUGUACUUGUAUUCCGAAUUGAGGGAAAUAUUUUUUUUAUGUAAAAAGUGAGGGAAAUAUUGAAAAGGUUAGGCAACUUCCUUUUUUUACGUUCCUUCCCUUGAUUUUGAUUAAGCAUGCCUCCAAUUAUCUAAUUUUGUCUCAAGGCGUUUAAUCACAACUAGGCACCGUCUAGGCUUAUGAAUACCUUUUUUUUUUCUUUCUUAGGAUCUAGUUGGCGGGUUUUGUUGUCACCUAAAUACUUAAGCACACAUAGAUGUACAAGAAAUUACACGUUGGAUUUUAGUAACCCAGAUAUUGACAUUGGAGUUGUAUGUAUGCUUAAACUAGUAAACAAUAGUCGGCAUGUAUAGGUGGCUUAAAUACUGUGCAAAUGCACACAUUACUAGAAUAGGUUUACUUAUAAUAUCAUAUCUUUACAUUAUUACUGGAACUACUUUAAUGUAUAAUAUAGAUCACCCAAUCCACUCUCAAAUUGCAUUUGGACUUCCAUGGAAAACCGAUCGAAUUUCCUAAAUUUCUAAAUGUCAGAAGGUGAUGGAGCAUAAUCUUGGGUUACAUACGAAGAUUGGUGACCGACAUAUUAUAUAAUCUCGAAUAAGGCCAUUUGCAAGGUAGUAUCUAACUCGGUUCAAAGGAGGUGGCCUGCUUCCAAUAAAUCUCAUCAGCCGAUUCAAUGGCUAAGUCAAGCUCCUAUAUAAGGUAAACUUCUGUGCAUUUCAUUUCUAGUCAUGUUUUUGGUGUUGAAUACAAAUACGAUAAACAC